AUGUCCAAUGAAUACCCAAAUUUUGGAAAAAAUACAAUAUCUUGGGAACAAUGGUGGAGCAGAAUAAUAGAAAUGACGUUUCGAGGUGAGUUAGAUAAUGAAAAUAUAAAUAAAGUUUCAAGAAAACUUAUAGAAGAUUAUAAAACAACUACUUGUUGGCUAAAAGCAGAAGGAGCUGAUGAUUUAAUUUGUUCUUUGAAAAAAUCUGGCAUAACUAUUGGUGUGAUAUCCAACUUUGAUCCACGACUAAAGGAUGUUCUAUUCAAUCUAGGAAUGAGCUCAUGGUUUGAAUUUGUCCUAACAUCUUAUGAAGUUGGAAUUUCUAAGCCAGAUAAAAAGAUUUUUGAAUUAGCCGAGGCAAGAUGUAAAACCAAAGUUUUAUCAUCACAAUGUUUACAUAUAGGUGAUGAUAUUAAAAAUGACUUUGAUGGUGCUCAAGCAGCAGGCUGGCAAGCCUUGCUUCUAAUAGAUGAAGCUAAUGCUGAUUUGCAAACACCAAAGAAAAGAUAUUCUAGUCUAACGGAUAUUCAUAAAUAUAUUGAAAGAAAUAAUUUAUACUUUAAC